AUGUUCGACAAAGUGGUUGCAGCCUGGAGAGAGACGUUCCCGAAACGGGAACGCAAGUUGAUGAGCAUUGGAGACGUUGCAGCCAUUGAAGAGUUCAACGAGUAUUUCCCGGGGUUCGCUGAUAUGUGUGAAGAGAACUACAGGAUAUUGAAAGUCUACAUUCGGACUCUUCAUCCGCUCUAUUGCAUUCCAAGCUUCAGAAGAGCGUUUGCCGCAGCGUUUGCAUUGGAGAUCCAGCUGGAUGAGCACCUGGAGAGAAAUCCCGCAGAAAAGAGAGAAGGAUUGACUGGAGAAUGGGCGGUUCAUAUCUUCACCGACCACAACGAGCGAACCAUCGAAAGAUACCGCCAGUACAAAAGAGAACGUCUCGAAAAGCUCAAAUGGGAAUUAGCGCUAAGAAUGAAGAAAGCUUCCGAGAUUUCGAAAAAGCACGAGAAUCAAAUCAAAUGGCUUUUGGGCCGAGAAGGAUACUAUGAGUACAAUAAGUCACGUAUCGACCAGUUGGUAGAUGAACACAAAAAAACUGGAAAGCAUCUGGAACAGAAGAAGGAGGAGGCAAGAGCUCAAGAACUCAAUGACAAGUUUCGGCAAAUGGCAACCAAACCACAACCCAAACCACAGCCUGAAGGGCCUUCAAAGAUCCAGGCUGCCAAUACCUACACUUAUUCAAAAUGA